GGCAGCCUGCAUUGUCGAUCGACUUCCCUCUCAGCUGCUGUCUCACUCUUGGUAUAACAUCGGAUAACAGGACGAGUAUAUUCACGUGGGCCCUCACCGAAUCCGGGACGCCAUCAUUAUCACGGCACGAUUGCAACCACGUUUGCUUUAGCAACAAGAAUCAUGACUGGGCUAAUACCGUUGCUACUACCAUCGUCCGCGGUGUGCAAAUCAACCACUGGCUCUACUAUCGAGAUAAAUCGCAGAGCGUCACUGGAUCCGUCUUUAUUUCCAUCUCCACCAUCAUCCCUAAUUCAUCGCCGGCAACGGUCUUUACCAACUAUCAGGACAGCAAGACGAGGUUCUAUUGAACCGCCUGCCUUGCCCAUCAUUCCAUCCACUCCAUUGGAGUGGAAGAAUGCUGUAGAUGAGGUCAAGCGAAAGUAUCUUAACCACAAGUACCGAGCAUGCUCAGCAAGAUGCUGCGAGAUUAUAGAUAACCUCAAAGACGCAUCUAAUGUGGAGCCUCUUUACUUGAUUUAUCUACACUUCUAUGCCGCCUCCUCUUUCGAGCUUUGCGCCAGGCCACUAUCGUACUCCUCCACUUACCGCACCAGGUUACUUAGCGAUGCCGAGGUCCACUACGGUAAGGCCGAGGCGUUGAUCCAGAACACGGAGGAAAACAUAACUCGAAAGACAAGAUCUGCGUCGUCAUGCUCCACUGCUUCUAGCCUACACUCCCCAGGAUUGUCGCCUAGUGUACGAUCAUCAGUCUCAAGCACGACAUUUUCAUCACCUAGGACUUCGGUAUGUUCAACAGGAGACGAGGCCGUGAUAAAGCCAAGUCCGAAACCAGGGGCUAAGGCUAAGAAGAAGGUUUCCUUUUCCGGACUGACCGAUCUUAUCGAGUUCCAACCUGAACCAUAUAUUCGCCCAGAUAGUCCUACCUUGGGAUGGGAGGAUGACAUCGUUCCUCACCACUCGGAUAGCUCUCUUCCCCUAUUCUCGGCAAACAAGUUGAAGUCGGCACCUUUAUCGAAAUCCAAGCCUAAAGAACCAGAAUCGCAUUUUGAACUACAACCUACAAUACCAGAACGCUCCGUACCUCGUGAUUCCCAGCCUGUGGAGGAGUUAAGCAUCGCGGACGACAAAUUCGAUCUUGACGCAUUCUUGCAGACACGUUCGAUGAAUAGGAUGUGCGCACAGCUUUCAGCCUUGCGUUCACAAAUAUCCUGGCAUCGCGACGGAGUUCAGACUUUACUCGCUGGACCUAAUGAUACACCGGAGUCACCUGCGCCAGCACUGCCAGAAGACGUUUCCCCUGUACCUUCGUCGCCCUUUGGUAGAAUGCGACUAACUCGUGCGAACACUCUGCCCGUUGAGAUCGGAUCAGACUCGCUACCGUGGACAAACUCUGGUCAACGAGACCGCUUCACCGACUCGCCCGGCCCAGACAGUCCCAGAGCAAUCAGCCGACCGGCAUCUGCAGCUUCAACCAUACGCUGUACCGACGAAGCUCUAAAGCAACGCAUAGAGCGCCUGCGCGCUAACGGCUGGCAGAGAAAGCGAUUCGACAAUAGACGAUACGAAGCCCUGCGAGAACAGGCCCUUGGUGAACUUGCAUAGGAUGCUUUUCGCACCAAGCACUUUAUCUGGCAACGCAAAUCCUGGCUUAAAACCUGAAUAGGCACUACCAACUUCAUAUGAGCUUAGCCAUAACCAAUUAGCUCAGACACCGAACUCUUCACCCGCCCGUGUAUUAGAAAGGGGGAGGAGUAUGCUUGAUUCGAUUCUUGCUUUGUAUAUUGCAUACCAUUAGUACAUUUAUUUCAUUUUUUCCAGGAAGGGGCGGAAGGAAAGGCAGGAAGUGACACGGAAAUAGGAGUCAGGAGUCCAAACUGCAUGUGACGAAAGCCGACGGGGAAGCAUGUUGUUUUUUUUCAUUCACCUGGUAAUCAUUAUACCCGGCUACGAGGCCACCCAAAGCAAAUCAGUGGGACGCGCACAAUCUGCCAAAAAAUGAGGAGGACGAGGGGCGGAAGUGAAUAUGCCUGUAAGGAGAAGCUGUCCUUGAGGAGACACGAUGAACUUGGCACGAGGAAAUGUAUUUAUACGUGUAUGUCUGCUGUCGUUACGGGAUUACGAUUCCCGUAAUAUUCCUCUCUCUCUCUCUCUCUGUUCCUGCUGGUCCGAACGAGAAGGGAGAAGGGAGAGGGG